AUGGCGCAUAAUUCAUGUUGGCCUAGUUCUCAAAGCUGGCAUCAUUAUUGGCCACCGGCUAUUGUUGGCUUAAUUGCUGUCAUUCAACUUUUUGUUUCAUUUGCUAUUCUUGGACUUCAAUGCGCAAUUAUUCUAAUUGGUAUGGCUAGUCUUUGUGCUAGUUUAACAACAUGGUAUGUUAUGGGUUUUGUUUGUUGGGCGUUUUUCUUUGCAUGUUGGAUUUCAAUAUUUUGUGUCACUUGUUGUAAUCGAUCAUCCGUUGGAUGUGCAACGUAUGCUAUGAUAAAAAACAUAAUAGCAUUCAUCUUCUCAGCUGUACUCAUCGAUUUUGAUCAAAAAUUUAUUGACGGUGAAGGAAUCGUAUACUUGUUAUCAAAUGCGAACAUAAAUUGUUAUUCCUCAUCUGGUUAUGUUGAUUUGCUCGAUAUUUCAGUAAAACUAACUAAGGGACAAUUAGCUGGUGCAGGUAUUAUAUUAGUAUCAUCUCUUGCUUUCGUUUGUAUAUAUAUAUAUGUAUAUAUAAGAUCAAUACUUAAAGAUAAAAAUAAUUCUGAUAAAUAUUCUGCAAGAGAUGAUUAUCGUGACAAUAUACCUUCUUCAGAAUAUGUUAUAACAAAACCACGAUGGCUACUUCAACUGCAACAAACAAACAUGUAUCAAGAUAAAACUUUUUCUAAUGAUUCUCGAGGAACAGGUGUUUGUCAAAGAUGUGGAGCACCAGUGAAAAUAUCUGAACGAUUUUUAAAAGCAUAA